GAUUGUAAAAGUUAUUCGCCAACAAAAGCCCGGCGGACUGUGUUUUGGACCAUUGAUUGACUAGAGGCCUGCACUUUGAGAUAUUACACAUCUUGGAUCGGGGUAAUACAACAUGAGUGAAAUAAAACCCAGCGACGUGGUGGCUGACGCAGCACAGGAUGCUGGAGAAGAGAAAGACUGGGCAGCUGCAAAAGCCUUUUUCGACAGCUUGAAAACGAAAAAACCCAGACCUCCAAAACCGAGGUAUGCGGUGACUAUCGCAGUGUCGUCGCGGACUUUAUUCAACUUGACUGAGGAAAGGAAGCUCUACGAAGAGGAAGGCCUUGAGAAGUACGUUGCCUAUCAGGUAGAGCACGAAAAUGAACCUCUGAAACCAGGAGCGGCCUUCCCCUUUGUAAAGGCUCUAAUGACGGUCAACAGCAGACUGAGAGAGCUGUACCCCGAUAGCGAGGAGCUGUUUGACAUCGUGCUGAUGACCAACAACCACGCCCAGGUCGGGGUACGGCUGAUCAACAGCAUCAAUCACUACGAUCUGACCAUUGAGAGGUUCUGCAUGACGGGAGGCGAGAGCCCCAUUGGCUACCUGAAGGCCUACAUGACCAACCUCUACCUCUCCAAGGACUCCGAGAAGGUGCAGGAGGCCAUAGAAGAAGGCAUUGCUGCAGCCACCAUGUUCAGCUCUGAUGUGGAGAACCAGUUGAGUGACACACAGCUGAGGGUAGCGUUUGAUGGAGACGCUGUGAUCUUCUCCGAUGAGUCUGAGAUCAUUGUGAAGAAGCACGGCCUGGACACCUUCUUUGAGCAUGAAAAGGAGUUUGAGAACAAACCUCUUGCACAGGGUCCGCUGAAGUGCUUCCUGGAGGCGUUGGGCAAGCUCCAGAGGAAGUUCUUCGCCAAGAACGAGCGCAUGCACUGCCCCAUCCGCAUCUUCCUGGUCACCGCCCGCAGCGCCGCCAGCUCAGGGGCACGUGUGCUCAAGACACUCCGCAGCUGGGGCCUGGAGGUCGAUGAGGCCCUCUUCCUGGCUGGAGCCCCCAAGGGGCCCCUGCUGCAGAAGAUCCGGCCGCACAUCUUCUUCGAUGACCAGAUGUUCCACAUCGAGGGCGCCAAGGAGCUGGGCACCAUCGCGGCACACGUGCCCUACGGCAUCGGGCAGAAGUACCACAAGGGCAAGCUGAUCGAGCAGCCCGCUGGCAGUAAGAAGUGAAUAUCAGGCUCAGGGAGAGGAGGAUGGCGCUGAGGAAAGCGAGGGUAGUAGUGGCAGUAUCAGUUGUGUCGUGUGUGUGUGUGUGUGUGUGUGUGUGUGUGUGUGUGUGUGUGUGUGUGUGUGUGUGUGCGUGUGUGCGCGUGUCUGUGUAUGUGUGUGUGUGUGUGUGUGUGAGUGUUAACCAGAGAGCAAGGGAGUCAUAAGGGCUGGAUAUUCCGAUCAGAGGAUAGCACUGAGGAAAGAUAUGUACAGUACACGUGGGGUAGAUAUGCAGAGAGGUCCAGCCUGUGUUGAGAAAGUAAAUAUUCUGCUGCCGAUGGCCUUCUGCUUUCUCAAAGUGGUUAGUGUACCUCUAGCAGUAGGGUAGGUGAUGCGUACAUUCAAAAGAUGCAGCUUUUGUCACUGUGUGUAGGCAUUCAUAUUAUUUACUUUUUCUUUUGUCAAGUCACCUAAUUCUACAACUCAAGUGUCCUCUACCUACCAUAGGAGUACAGUGAUAUGCAUCCAACGCAUGUUUUACAUUUUUUAUAUAGGCUUCUUGCGCACAAACUGUUUUGUAUUGAGAAAGCACUUACAAGUGGUAAUAUCCACUAAUAAUGUCACUGAAAACAAUAUGUUUCAUCAUUGUGUUAUUGUUUUGUCAAUUAACCGCCAAUUUAUAUUUGUGUUGGUAACUUUGUAUUUUUUAAUAAGUUCUUUUAAUAGUUAUGAGUGAAUAUUUGGAUCUCAUCGAUACUUUCAGUGAAAGACUCACAAAAUUAAUUUCUUUGACAGCAAUAUCACGCAAGGGUUGGAACACAUAUGUACCCUAAUUAGCCACACUAUGCAACAUCUUCAAAGUUACAUUAUUUUACAUUACACUACACUUGGCUGAUACUUUUAUCCAAAGUGAUAAACAGUUUUCACAGGGAGUUGGUUACAGAUCCUGGUGCAAUGUGGGGUUAGGUGCCUUGCUCAAGGUCACCUCAGCCAUGGAUGGCAUAGGAUUAGAAUCUGCAACCUUCUGAUUCCAGAACCCUGACCAGUAGGCCAGGGAUGCCAGACUCAAGCAUCAGGGAUGUCAAACACAAGGGAUGUUGCCUCUGGGGCCAAAUUAGGCCUGCAGCGUCCUUUUAUUUGGCCUGUAUUAAUACAUCUGGCACACUCAUAUACAAUACAAUGUGUGCAGGCACAUUUAAACUACCAUAUACUAUAUGAUGGGAAUGAGUGCUUGUGAAAUUUGCCUUUACGUGUGCGUGGCGUGCACAAACAAACUUUUUUGGUCCAUAAUUGAAAUAAAUGUUGAUUUUGCCCCACAAACUCAUUCUAGAUUUUGAUGUUGGCCCAAUGUACAUUUGAGUUUGACAGCCCUGCAUUAGGUUAUCAUCCUCUUCGUGGUACAGUAGAUGGUUAAAUGAAUCAGCACUAGGGGAAUAAGAAAUUCUUCCCGCUGGUCAGUUGGAAUUGCACCCAGCUCAGUUAGCUACUUUGCAAUGUAGAAUAUUUAAUCCCAUUCCAUGGGGGGGGGGUUAACCAGAAGUUGCAUGGUGUUGCUUGAAAUUAUAUGAGCUGAGACCCCGUUUUGUGUGACUAAAAGGGAUUUGACUUCAUCACACACUGCUCUCUGACACCGUUUCACAAUCAGGGCUGUCAUUAAAUGACGGCCAGGACCCCGACACUUAUCACCGUGGGCCUCCCAUAUCAGCCUCGCUCCAGUGCUCAAAUGAAGUGUGAAAUAGCUCAUUUCGUUUUUAGUCCAGAUUUUAAGACGUUUAUGUAAGUGACCAGUAAUACUGUAGUGGCUGACAUAUGUAAUAAUUCUCAAUGAGUUUGUUGAGUGGAGGGAAAUAUGUGCUGUAUGUAGUAGGCUAUGUGCUUUUUUAGGGUAGGAUAGCGAUACAUUUUUAUAUGUCUCUAACUCUAAAAAGGCAUUUGGUAAUAGAGCAAAACAGUAUAUUUAUGCUUUUUUGUAUCUGGCUUAUUGCGUUCAUGUUGGGUAAUUUCUGAACGCAUGAAAGGCUUUUGUCUAAAUCUGUAGAGGAUUUUUUUUGGCAGAAUGUUUUUGUAUGACACAAUUUAGAUUAUCUGUGUUUUUAUAUUAUGGUUGUAUUGAGGUUUCAUAUAGGUUCUCUAUUUUAUUUCAUUUACAUUACUCUGCUAAGGUCUUGUAGUUGAGCAGUUUUUUUACUCUUUAGAUUCUAGCUGUACAUGUCUAACUGUGUAAUGUUAUUGGAUUUCUUUUCAUCAGCCAUGCAGAACAGAAACCACACUUAAAGCAACAUUGUGCUCAUUUGCAAAACCGCCCAUUGUAGGUUUUGAAAAGGGUUUUUAACUGUUUAAAAAAUGCAUUCAAAUCACCCUAAAUGGGCCAUCACCAAGUAACAGGCUUUUUGGCUGUUGUGUACUAUAGGCCCUAUCUAUGUUUAUGCACCAAACUGAAUCUGUGUCCUUGACCAUUUGAGCAGGGUUUGUAUACAUUACAUAUCUUUGUUUUUAUUUGGUUUUAUUUGGUUUUCUUUCAACUAAACGGUAUUGUGGUUCAUUCUGCCUUUCAUUAAACCAAUGCCCAGAUUGUGGUACAAUUA